AUGGAUACUAAUAAUAGUGGUAAAUCAAUGUCUAUUCGUGUCACUGAUUUCAGUCCAUUACCAAAGCAAAUGUUAGCAGCCAUCGACGGCUAUGAAAAUAUGCCACUUGUAUCGAUUGAAGAAGCAGUAAAACCUCUCCUUAACAUCGUACCAAAAGUCGAACGUAAUGUACACAUUGUCAAACAGAACUGUGGAAAUCCAAAAAAUGGCUUAACAACUGAUGAAUCUGCUUCGAUUAUGCUCUAUACGUACGAAUCGAUACCACAUGAAAAAUCUCUUUAUGUUAUUCUCAACAAAGCAUUACGUUCCGAAGAAAGACAAAAACUGGUUCCUUGGUUUUUGUAUUUACGACUUGUAUUAACAGCACUGGCUCGUUUACCAUCCGAAAGACUUUUCGUGAAUAGAGGAGUGCGAAAAGAUUUACAUGAAGAAUAUUCAAAAGGUAGCACUUUUAUUUGGUGGGGAUUUUCAUCUUGUACGUCGUCUGUCGAGGUAUUGGAAUCCGACAUGUUUCUGGGUAAAAGUGGAACUCGUACUUUAUUUCAAAUCGAUUGUCACACGGGAAAGAGUAUUAAAAACCAUUCGUUUUUGACAAAGGAAGAUGAAAUUCUUUUACUUCCUGCCAGACAAUUUAAAGUUAAAUCCUGUCUGAAUUCUGGUAAUGGGCUCCAUAUAAUACAACUUAAAGAAAUAGAUCCACCAUAUCCAUUACUUGAGCCCGUUCCCAUUCAAAAGUCAAUAGGACUAGUCGAGCCGAAUAUUAAUAUUGAGAGUCAGGUAACAGAUAACAAAAGCCAGCCAACAGCAUCAAGUGAAUCAAGCACAGUAUCAUCCAAAACGUUAGUGAUUCCGGAGACACGUUCAGGUAAUCAUUCAUUAUGA